CCUAGAGUCCUAUAGCCCUGACAUUAGAGAGUACUGACUGCUUUGUACAGCUCAAUUUCAUCAAGGUUUUACGAUGAAGUUGCCUAUCUUAAAAUGCGGUUCAUUUAUAGCCACGUUGGACUUGAUAAUAUGAAAGUCUUCAAAUUUUCUAGCUGGAGUUAGACAUAGUUGGAUUAUCUGACAUCAUGGCUCAGCAGAUGUCCGACCCAAGUGAGUUGUUCCCAUUGCUAGAAUCCAACGAUCUUCAUGUCAUCCAAGAAAUCAAGGCGCUGAUACAAGACAAUCUUAACUCAGCACGUGAUCCUGGGUUUCUCAAUGCGUUGGUGGAUUUCUACAUACUCACAAACUCCCAGAAUGCACUGGACCUUCUUGCUGGUGUCAGGGAACCCUUAGACAAGCCAUUGAUGGACAGAAUGAAUGACAACAUGAAGGCGGGCCACAAAUUGCAGAGUUUGACCUUACUGAGUCAUGUGGUGAGACGGCAGCCAUCUUGGCUUCAUAAGAUCGUCCAAGCUCCUCUAUUUAUGUCUCUGCUGAAUUGCUUAAAGAUGGAUAUCGAUGUUCCAGUGAUUAUGUGUGGCUUGCUGUCGAUAACCACCUUGCUACCCAUGAUACCCAGCCUGGUUGGUCCUUCUCUGCCGGAAAUUUUUCGGGUAUUCUCCCACCUUGCCUCAUGGAAUGUUAGAAAACCGGGUGGUAUCCCUGAUGUUUACCAGCUCCAUUUACAGGUAGCGGUGUAUGCACUCUUCCAUCGACUCUACGGCAUGUACCCAUUGAACUUCCUCCAGUACCUCAGAUCUUAUUAUCAGAAUAAGAAUGAGGAAUUCAAGAAAGCUGUCUUGCCGAUGAUGGAGCGUGUUCGUAUGCAUCCUCUGCUAGUUAUCGGCACAGCUAGAUCCGAAACGGAAAAUGCAAGAUGGAGGAAGAUGGAGGUACAUGAUGUACUGAUGGAGUGUGCUCGUGUUUCAUUGGAUACAACAGAAUCUGCUCGAGACGAUUCCUUCAACUAUGUCCCGAUACCUGUUGGUUUUGACACUGAGAGGAGAGGGUCAAAGGGCAUAGCGGCUGGGAUCAUGGGUCAAGGCAUGAAAACUUCUUCCCCCAUUGUUGAUGGUCAUGGUACUGAGCUGUCUCACAAGCCAUUGAUACAGUGGGAUAGUGACUCUAAGAAAACAGACCCCGAUACGCACAGCCUGGUUUCGUCACAAGAGGGGGGUAUUAUAUCGAUGUUCAGCCCGUCCAUGGUGUGCGGACUGAGCACACCACCUUCCUCCCAUCCUCCCUCCCCAUUGGGCAGUCAACUGGAUGUCAGUCUGACAUCAUCAGUCCAGAUGCAUUAUACGACCCCUCUCCAAGAGACACCGACGCCUCAGUCAACACCGCACGAUUCCCCUCAUCCCAACGCAGCUCUCCAUCUCAGCAGUCGUAUGUCCAGCAUGAGCGAGGGCAGUGUUCACAGCCGUGCCGGAAAGGGAUCUGGCGGGAGAGCCGGACGUGGGAAGCUCCCGCCAAUCACAACUCACUCUGCAAUGUCGUUGUCUCGGACCGUCUCUGCACCAGUGACGCCAGGCUAUGAGUCCAAAUCCUUGCCGUGCACCCCUCAGAAACCUCUCAUGGGUGGCAAGGCAUACUCUCAAGAGAUCACCAAGCAGAGGAGAUUUGUGUGGGAUGAUGCAGAGGCUCUUGCGACUAACGGCACAGCAUCGUUUUCAACCAAAGAGCCUCCUCAAGCUGCUCCUGUUACUGAAGAAAGUGAGGCAAGGAAAGAAAGGACGGAGAGCUCUGUCUCCUUGAGAGACCUUCCCGAAGUCAUUAAGGAUCUUUCUCAUGAGGAGCAGAGACCACGUGAUGAUGAUGCAAUGAAUGAAGAGGUGUCGUCUUUCAUUGGUAGUCCUUACACUCCACAGGAUCUGGAAACUUCUGUAAACUCAUGUAUUACAACUACCCAAACCAAAACAACAACUUCAGACCGACUCCCUCUGAAGACGGACCUGACUACGCCUUCCAUGACAAUGUCAUCAGCGUAUUUGAUGAAAGUUCACUCUAAGGAUGUUGAAACAACUCCUCGAGCGAAUGGAACAAGUCGCCAAGAGACAGUCAGAACGCAAAGUGAUCCGAGUGCAGCACACCGUAGUACGUUGAUAAAAUCAUCCGAGAGUGAAACCCGUUUAAGAACCAGUAGUUUCGGUAACAAGGCGACGAAGAACAUCUCAGCGGAUCUCUUCGGCGUCCGGAAAGGAAAGGAUGCCAGCGUUGAGCAUACCAUAACACCACAAGGGUUUGUCCCGAUUAUUGAUCAAUCAAUGGAUAGUUUGGAGUCACCGAUAACUCGAUACGGGACACAAAGUACCACAUCAGAUACUUUCAGCACCCCUGGGCCGUCCUACAACCAACAAGCACCACCACAAAUGCCUUACAUGCAUCUCUUCAAUCUGAUCGUUCCGACGUUGCAGAAUUUAUCCCCCGCUGGGACCUCAUCGAGAGAUCACUCCCCGGUUGUCUCAAGCGCGAACAGCACGGGUAGUGGGUUGUAUUCUACCCCGCCACCUAUGUCUAGAGUUGACUCGCUGCCAGUAGGGAGUACACCUAUAGACAGUAUCGGUAAAGUUCCGCUACAUUCGUUGUAUUCACCAAGUCAGCUUCUGGAUCGUCAUCUACAGAUGGGGAAUAUGACUCAUGAGGAUCAACUUACUGGAUUGUCUCUCGUCAGCCAAGGGGCAGUGGAUUGGACUCAUUUUGGAGGAUCUCCACCAGCGGAUGAAAUCAAACUACUGAAGGGCCAGCUGCAGUUACUUCACAAUCAGCUUCUGUAUGAGAGACACAAGAGGGAGGUUCAUGCAGAGAGGAAUAGGCGCCUCCUUGGCAAGACACAUAAGGCCAAAGCUCUUGAAGAAUCCAAUGCAGCAAUGUUGGAGCAACGCCAACUCCUAGAAGUAGAAGUGAAUCAAGUCAGAGCGGCCUUCAAGUUACUCCGAGAAGAGAAUAAACAACUUAGUGAAGCUAAUGGCACCAAGGACCAGACGCAUAAUGCAUUAAUGAAGAAAUUGCAAGGUGAGAAUGAGCACAUGAGAGAUGCAAAUGAGGAACUUCAAAAGCUUCUGGUUCAUCACAAACAGGAAGUCGAUAAAGAAGCAAAGGAGUUACAGGCGGCUAAUGCUAAAUUGUUCACAGUGCAACAGGAAUUGGACAACGCUAGGGCGGAUGUAGCAACCAACAGACACCUAAAAGAUGAGAUUGCUCGACUGAACAGGGAGCUAUUACUGAUGGGUGAGACAAACACAAAGUAUCAAGAGAAGGUGGAGGAAGCGCGAAGGAAUGAUCAUAAGACAGAAGAGACUGAGAUGAGAUGGACCACACUGAAAAAAGACCUCGCUGUUUCUCAAGAGUCGUUAAAAAGAAAGAAUGUUCAGACGGAAGCUGCCAAAGCUCGAAUUGGAGAAAUGGAGGCAUCACUUACACUAAAGGACGUUGCAAUGGCUGAGCAGAAACGUUUUUUGGAAAACGUAAAAAGCCUCAACAAGGGUAAAAUGGAGUCGAUGGAUGCCAAGUACAACGCCCUCAAGAAAAUCAACCAAUGUCUUGAGGCUCACAUCCUGAAACUCACCAAGAGCUUGAGGGAGAGAGAGAAGGAGACUGGUCACUUCAAAAGACGUCAUCAUCUUGUGUCGCCCCAAGGCAUCUCCCGUCGUCAUUCUGGUCCAUCGAGCGGCGCUGCUGAUCAGAAGAUGGAGAGAAUGGAGAGUUCAGAUUCAGGAGGAACAUCUUCAUCUGGAAUGUAUUCAAUCCAAACCUCAUCUCCAAGAACUCUUGACCGGAGUCAGUCUCAGGACGAAACGUACCCAGUGAGACCAGUAGAUGUGGACGCUCAUCUCGUCGUUAAAACUGAAAGCGACUUCUCACAGACGUCUCUGUCUGUGAAGGGAUCAAAGGAUGAUCAUCUCACCCCUAGUCAUCUAUCCGGGUCCCAUUCAACCCCUCGCUCUAGCCCCAUGAGUGAGUGGGAGAAUCUAAGUGGAGAGGUUGAUUUGAACAAACCUACUAAAAAAGAACCUGCAGAAGCUAUCCUUGUCCCUAAACCAACAGAGAGGGCAGGUUUUGAGCGGCACGAUUCAGGUAGCCGUCUUCACAUCAACAGUCCGCCUUUAGUAUUCAGCGAUACGUCCCCCUUCCAGCGAGUCCAGCAGAGCCCUCGCUUGUCCACAAGGCACAGCUCUUUCUCCCCCUCCAGCAAGAUCUCUUUAAACCCCCCGGUUGAAAUCGGCAGGAGAGCUGCCAGCCAAUCCUGCCCGGAUCUCGACUCGUCGGGCAGCCAGUUUACGAACUUGACUCAGUCGCAAGUCGAGGGAGGGGAAGAGGACAUACAGGAGGAGGAGGCAUCUGAGGGAACCUCGGCUUCACCUCCAGGGGCUGUUGUGGACAGUGUAGAACCAAGAGUGUUCCAUCACGGCUUAGCGUCUAUACUACACAUGGAAGCCAGUAUUGAAGAAGCAGACUUAAGCAAAUAUAAAUAGUCAGUUAUUCAUUUUGGGUAAUGCACAAUGGUCUUAAAGGCAGUGGACACCUAGCAACACACACAGCUUUAUGUUGCAUACCCUUUGUGGACUUUCCUUUGUUCUGUUCACUUACAGACACUGGACACCAUUGGUAAAUGUCAAAGACCCAUCUUCUAACUUGGUGAAUCUCAUCAUGCACUAA